AUGCGCACUGUCACCAUCGCCCUUCUUUGCUUUCUCUUGCUAGUAGCCCUCGACAUCGGCCGCGUCGUCGCAUCAUCUGAGUUCUUUCCGCUUGUUGUUCGCAGCCUCCAAAUCGCUGUCUCAUACCUAUACUGGGAGAUUUGCUGGGAAGUCUACUAUCAGUGCACCCACAACUUCGAAGGAGUUCCCCUCUACCUCCGCUUCAUCACUUCUCAUCUGCGCCCUCAUUCCGAGGCCGACCAAGACGACCUCCAUGAUCCUGCCGAAAAGGGACAAUCGCAAGAGACGAAGCUCCCUGUCACUCCCACCAUCGCUCACAUCACACCGCCGCCCGUCGCACUACCACCUGCCAAGCCAGCGCCUCCCUCAUACCCACCACCGUUCGAGUACCCCUUCACCAACUUCCGCGGCACCGGUGAGUCGUUCGCACACUCCGAUCGACGCAACCCGACACACUAUUCCGUUCUUCAACUGCCGACUUCUUGGGGCAAUACCCGUCGCAAAGAACGCGAUUACUGGCGGUCUGCACCUAGGCAACCAUCACCUGCCUAUAGGUCUACCGAGCACGAGAAGGUCGCCGCGGCACCUACCAUACCGAAGCCAGAAGUUCCUCAGUCCACUACCAGGUCGAAAACUACUAUCACGAAGGAUCACGUAGUCAUCGCGCCUGCCCAUAAGGUUGUCGAGCUACCUCCGAUAUACACUCUUACCCAACCCCCACCUACCCUCCCAUCAGCUCCCUCGAUCGACCCUCAGCUAAAGGCUUUGCGAGAUGUGGAGGAUAAGAAGCAUCUGGUUGUUGCUGAGAUGAAGUCCUUCCUAAGUACCAUCGCCUCCCGCGUCAAGUACGCAAGAUCUCCAGCACCCAAGAUGGGGACGCUGUCCGCCAUCCCCACCACCACUGUGUACCUCCCCGCCCCCGUCAUCCCGACGGCUCCGCAGCCGCAAAAGGCACCGAGUACCUCCGCGCCUAUCCAACAGACACCUCCCCAGCAGCCGAUAGUGGCCCAAGGUGCAACAGCCCUCAUUGACUUCGGCAAUGAAGAUUGGUUCGGCCUGCCGGAUGAUCAGCUCAAAGAGCUCAAAUGGAGGUCAUUCAACUGGCCUAAUCAGCAGACCGCCAGCUUGAAGAUAUGGCACUUCAAUGUACUGGAGCUCACCCAGUUACCUACGCAGCACCCAGAGUUCAUCAUGGCCUCAUAUGUGAAGGCAGAACUUGAGAAAGCGGCACCCCUCCUCAAACGCGCUUCAGUCGUGUUUCGACUCCAAGGUCAUUGGGACUCUCGGGACGAAUGGUACAAAGCCUGCCAGUACCUCCAUGAGAAUGUCUUCAAAGACAAGAGGGUCUGGGCAUCGCUAUGCAAUCGUUACGACUCCGAUGACCCGGAUGAGAACGACAAGGAGGACAAGACUGGUCCUCUCAGGAGGUUGUGGGAGAAGAUGGCGCCGACAUGGCUUCCAGACAUCGCAAAGCCUUGA